AUGAAGCUCUCUACUACUCUACUGUGCGCAUUCUGCCUCGCAGGCGUGUCCGCUCUGGAAGACGGAAAGCUCAUUGAUGGCGUAUUCACUGCCUACGACGAUAUCCUUCAGUUGGGCAGCAUCACCAGCGUAGAUAAGCGCAGUUUUCUGUUCCCCAACCUCAAUUCUCUGAUUCCUAAGGAAGAUCUGCUGCCUCGCGUGGGGAGAAAGGUCAAGUUUCGGUCCGGUUUGCUAAGCGGCUUGAUCCCGAUUGCUGUUGACGUGGAUAUCCUCUGA